UCCCAGGAAACUAGCAGCAAAAGGAUCCAACAAGCUGGCUCCAGGCCCCAACCCCCAUGUGCUCCCUCAUCGUGAAGCUCUGAACUCUUCUCUCUCUAAACCCCCUCCUACUCUCCUUCCUCUUUUUAACUCCUCCCGAAAUGCUCCUUCCCUGACCUUCCUCGCCGGAAUCCCGUCACCGCCAUGGCUUCCUCUCGCCGCCACUUUCGCAGCCUUCUUCUACUGGUUCUACUGACCUUCCUCGUCGCCGGUAACGUCCACCCGGGGCCGGCAGAGACCGACGCGGGCGACGCGGCGGCAAUGCGGGCCCUGGCGAAGGGCCUGGGGGCGGAUCGGGCCUUGGACUGGACCGGCCCGGCCGACCCCUGCACCUGGACCGGGGUCACAUGCACCUACGCCCGGGUCACCGCCAUCCAGAUCGGCAACCGGAGCCUCGUCGGAUCCUUACCGGUGGAGGUCCGGAACCUCACUGCUCUCCUCCGGCUGGAGCUCCACAACAACCAGCUCUUCGGCACCCUCCCCUCCCUCGCCGGGCUCUCCUCCCUCCGGGCCCUCCUCCUCCACGGCAACCGCUUCUCCGGGGCCCCCCCGCCGGAGUUCUUCGCCGGCCUCUCCUCCCUCCAGUCCGUCUACCUCGACGACAACCCCUUCGACCCGUGGUCCAUCCCGGCCAACCUCAAGGACGCCACCUCUCUCGUCAACUUCUCCGCCAACUCCGCCAAUGUCUCUGGCGAGCUCCCGGAGUUCCUCGCCACCGCCUUCGCCUCCCUCGACCACCUCGCCCUCGCCUUCAACCUCCUCACCGGCGCCGUCCCUGCCGCCUUCGCCGCCGCACCGCUCCGCUCCCUCUGGCUCAACAACCAGCUUGGCAGCACCCGCCUCUCCGGCGGCAUCGCCUUCGUCGCCAACAUGACCGGCCUCGAAGAGCUCUGGCUUCAGUCCAACGACUUCACCGGCCCGAUCCCGGACUUCUCCGGCCUCCAACACCUCGCCGACCUCCAGCUCCGGGACAACCGCCUCACCGGUCCCCUCCCGGCCUCGCUCACCUCUCUCAAGUCCUUGAAACGAGUCACCCUCACCAACAAUCUCCUCCAGGGGCCGGUGCCGGCCUUCCCGGAUUCGGUGAAGACGCUGGACCUCGACCCGGAAAGUGAACGCCUUUGCCUCACAAAAGCAGGGGACUGCGAUCCCAGAGUCAAUGUCUUGCUCUCCAUUGCGAAAUCUUUCGGCUAUCCUGAUAGAUUCGCUGAGGAUUGGAGGGGGAACGACCCGUGCGACGGCAGGUGGGUGGGGAUCAGCUGCGACAGCGCUGGCAACAUUACGGUUAUGAACUUUCAGAAGAUGGGACUGAAUGGGACCAUCUCGCCGGACUUUGGCUCGAUCACUUCGUUGCAGAAGCUCCUGCUGUCUAACAACAACCUCACCGGUAGGAUUCCAUCGACGCUUGCCAAGUUGCCAUCUUUGAAGGCAUUGGACGUGUCGAACAACUUUCUCUGGGGUCAAGUUCCAACCUUUAGCAAGGAUGUUUUGGUGAACACAGCCGGGAACCCAAGUAUUGGGAAGAAUGCUAGUACUGCUCCGGCUCCGGGUAAUGCUACUACUACCAAUGGCGAUUCAAAGUCAGACGAUGUGAGCCAGAGCAGCAGCAGUGGUAAGUCUUCUUCGUCUGUUCCAUUGGGCAUCAUUGUCGGAUCAAUGGUUGCUGCAGUAUUGGGUAUCAAUAUUCUUGGACUGCUCGGUUUUUGUUAUUACAAGAAAAAGAAGCAAGCUUUUGGCAGAGUUCAGUGUCCAAAUACUAUGGUGAUACACCCCCAACACUCAGGGUCGGAACCGGAUGUGGCGAAAGUUACAGCUGCUGGCUCGAGUUCGAAUGGCAGGACUGCAAGUGACACCUACAGCCAGACAAGCAGCUGCCCGAGUGAUGUACAUGUAGUUGAUGCUGGAAACAUGGUGAUAUCAGUUCAAGUCCUUAGGAAUGUCACCAACAAUUUCGGUGAGGAGAAUAUCCUUGGCGAGGGUGGGUUCGGGGUGGUAUACAAGGGCGAGCUCCAUGAUGGCACUAAGAUUGCAGUGAAGAGGAUGGAAGCUGGGGUGAUGGGGACGAAGGGGUUGAAUGAAUUCAAGUCGGAGAUCACGGUGCUUUCUAAAGUCAGGCACCGCCAUCUGGUCUCGCUCCUUGGUUAUUGCUUGGAUGGAAGUGAGAGACUCUUGGUCUAUGAAUACAUGCCCCAGGGGACACUAAGUCGCCAUCUUUUUGACUGGAAGGAAGAAGGGUUGAAGCCUUUGGAAUGGAAGAAGAGGCUGAGCAUUGCUUUGGAUGUGGCCAGGGGUGUGGAGUAUCUGCACAGUUUGGCGCAUCAAAGUUUCAUCCACAGGGAUCUCAAACCCUCUAACAUUCUUCUUGGUGAUGAUAUGAAGGCUAAGGUUGCGGACUUCGGACUUGUUCGGCUUGCCGAUGGAAAAGGUGGCUCCGUUGAAACCAAGCUUGCAGGAACUUUCGGGUAUCUCGCGCCAGAAUAUGCAGUGACUGGUCGUGUGACCACGAAAGCUGAUGUAUUUAGCUUUGGGGUGAUAUUGAUGGAGCUGAUCACUGGUCGGAAGGCACUAGAUGAGCGCCAGCCAGAAGAGAGUGUGCACUUGGUGACAUGGUUCCGAAGGAUGCAGCUCAACAAGGACACCUUCCGAAAGGCCAUUGACCCCGCAAUAGACCUUGAUGAGGACUUCGGGAGCAUCAGCACUGUUGCAGAACUCGCUGGCCACUGCUGUGCAAGGGAGCCUCAACAGAGGCCUGAAAUGGGACAUGCCGUCAACGUCCUCUCCUCACUUGCGGAGCUGUGGAAGCCCUCCGAUCCUGACUCAGAGGACAGUUAUGGUAUCGACCUAGACAUGACUUUGCCUCAGGCACUCAAGAAAUGGCAGGCCUUUGAGGACAGUGGCCAUUUCAAUGGUGCUACAUCUUCAUAUAUCGCAAGCUUGGACAACACCCAGACCAGCAUACCCACAAGGCCACCAGGCUUUGCCGAUUCCUUCACCUCAGCUGAUGGAAGAUAGUUAUCGAGCAAGGGAAAGAGAGAAAUGGAGAGUUCAGUGAGGUUUGUUCAUUCCCUUUGUUUCUUGUAUUUGCUUCUGUUUUUGGCUGCUUCUUCCCUUUUUCUUCAUGUAUGAUGAUCUCUUAGUGGAACCAAUUUAAAGCUUAAACACGCUCAGUUUUUCUUCUUAUUGUUUUUCUCUUGAAGUUUGUGAAGAUGGACAAAUGUUUUAUUGCAAUGAGUUGUCAUGUUGUUGUAAUAUUAUCACCUUGGUGCUUGAAA